CUUAAAGCACUGGCUUUCUGAGCAGCCCCACAGACCUCCAAGGAAUCAGCAACCUUUAUUCAUUCAACAUUAAACACUAACAUUGUCAAGCUGUUGAUGGGGACCAAUUUUUCCUGAAGGAUGGAUUUUAAAACAAAUCACACUGAGAGCUUGAACAGCUGCAUCCCUGACAGCUCUAAGGCUGUUCGAAACUUUUCUCUGCCUGGUGACCCCAGCAGGAUGAGCUAUGGCAGCUUCAUCAUGCCCACUCUGUUUGGCAUUAUCUGCCUCUUGGGCAUUAUUGGUAACAGCCUGGUUAUCUACACAGUCUUAAAGAAAUCUAGCCCUAGCAGUAGUGUCCCAGAUAUCUUCAUCAUCAGCCUCUCCAUGGUGGACCUGCUCUUCCUCCUAGGCAUGCCUUUCCUCAUCCACCAGCUGCUGGGGAAUGGAGCCUGGCACUUUGGGGAGACAAUGUGCACAAUCAUCACUGCCCUGGAUGCCAACAGCCAGUUCACCAGCACCUACAUCCUCACCGCUAUGUCCAUCGACCGCUACCUGGCCACCGUCUACCCCUUCACCUCCACUCGCUUCAGGAAGCGCCCUGUGGCAAUCCUUGUCAUCUGUGUGCUCUGGGCCCUUUCCUUCCUCAGCAUUACACCUGUGUGGAUGUAUGCUCAGCUCAUCCCUUUGCCUGGAGGUCUGCUAGGAUGUGGGAUUUGUCUGCCAGACCCACAGAGGGACAUUUAUUGGUACACUCUCUACCAAUUCUUCCUGGUCUUUGCCAUCCCUUUUGCCCUCAUCACGGUGGCCUACAGGAGGAUCCUGCUCAAGAUGGCCAGGUCCUCAGAAGCGCUGAUGAGCCAAAGAUGCACCAGGGCACGAACAAAAAAACUGACCCGUACAGCAAUUGCCAUUUGCGUGGCCUUCUUCGUUUGCUGGGCACCUUUCCACAUCCUGCAACUGGCCCAGCUCGCCAUGACUCGCCCCACUCUGCCUUUUUACUAUGCCUACAACGUGGCUAUCAGCCUAGGUUAUGCCAACAGUUGUCUGAACCCCUUCAUCUACAUCUUGCUGGGCCAAAAUUUCCGGAGGCAGCUUGUGGUCCCUGUAAGGCCAGCAGCUGUAGGGCAGGCUUCCCCACAUGGCAGCAAAAACACUCGAGGGGAUGCAAUUGAGUCAGGGCAGCCACUGCUGCAUUUGGUGUCCGUCUCUGGCAGGUAG